UUCCUUCAUCUUCCUCUUCUACUUCAUCUUCAUCUCUGGUCUUCCUCUUCCUUCAUCUCGACUCGAACGGUGUCACGGUGAAACCUACGUGGUGCACAGUCCGGGUGGUGGUGCUGGUGCUUGGUGUUGGUGCUGGUGGUGGUGCUGGUUCUUUUGGUGUUGUCCAUGGUGUCGGUGGUCGAUGGUGAUCGGUGAAUCCGCCUCGAGCGACCAGGGAGUCUCACCCUUGGAAUCCUUUCGCUUUCGCUCGGUCGAAGAGGGGAGGCUGCACGAAGCAUGGCGUCCUACAGGAGCUAUGGUGACAGCGGCGCCUACCGACCCAGGACCAACGUUGGCUUCGCCGCGGGUACUUUUGGAAGAUCUUCCACGGGAAGCGGCCUUCCGAGUUGCAGGAACAGCUACACGUCGUCCAUUGGUUCCGGUUCCAGCCGUGUGCCUGGUAAAGAGAGGGUUUCUGGAUUCGGAAAUGCCUUCCUCAAGAAGGACAAGUCCGACGAGAAACCUACUUUCAAAUAUUCCAGUAACAAGGACGUCGAAAAAAGUAGACUGCAUCCGAGUAGGUCGUCGACGGAGGACGUAGGGGCGAAAAGUCCAUUAUCGAGCAGCAGAUCCUCCCUGUUCGAGAAGUACUCGUUUCCAGCUACUAAAACUUCGGAGAGGCCCGCCUCCGUUUUGGACAGAUAUAACCGUGCCACUUCCCGCGAGAAGAGCAGAGAGGCCGACGGAGUAUCGCGAUACGGAUCGAACACGUAUCCUGGAUCGAGCUUGCCUCGAACUUAUGGAAACGAAAGUAGAAUCGAGAAGAAAGAGAGGGCCGAUCAUCCACCGGUCUCGUACCGUGGAUUACGGCCGAACUCGGGGAGAAGUUCCCGCGAACCUAGCCCGGAAGUCAACGUCGGAAAAUCGAACUCCUUCAGAAUGUACUCGAGAGCCCCCUCCUAUGGUCGAUCCAGUGCCACUUCUAGUGCCUCCGAAUCGAGCUCGGCGCCAAUCUCCUCGAGAUUCGGCUCGACAGCUGGUAGCAGGUUCCUUUCAUCAAGAAGCAGCAGCGACCGAGUCCCGGCAGCUAUAAGCUACUCCGGAUCGGACAGGUUCCGAACUUCAGGCAGUAAGCCUAUGCCGGCAAAUUUGAAGGACGAAGACUCUUCUAAAUCCAACAGAGGAAAGGCCACGACGCCAGAGACAUACGUAAAGCCAGAAGAAUUGAAAGUCGACAACAGGCUUCAAGAGAAUGAGACCAUUACGAUAGUCACGAGGGGCACGUCGCCCAGUCCGCCAGCUUCUUCGUCCUUCGUAAGAAGCAGAAGAGCCGACAUAGGCAUCGCGAGUCAGAGGGAAGUGACUCGAGUUCGAAAGAAAACGGAGACCAAGGACCAGGAGGUUCAGAGCGAGAGGCUGGAGGAUGGCUCGAGAUUUUCACGAUUUGGUGGCGGUGGACGAAUCUCGGGGGCACCGUGGACCACGUAUCUGGACAAAUUCUCGUCUAAUUCGAGUGGAAGUGGCGUGUACGCGAGAGGCUUUAACGGAGGCAGCACAGCAAACUCCAGGGUAAACAGCUUCGCGUUCUCGAGGCCGAAUGACGCUUCCAGGAACGAUUCUAGUUCAAAAGUAUCACCCAGUUCUAGUCAGGAAAUUCACGGGAGUAGGAACCAAAACGAGCCGGGUACCAAAGUGUUCGGUGGUUUGGGUUUUGCGGUUACGAAAACGGAUUCGAAAGCGACUGCAACUAAUGAGCAAGGGAGUUCAAAUAGGGAUCAGACGGAGGUUAAAGUGCAUAAUGGCGAAACCCGUUCUUGCAAUGUUGGGAAGACUGAAGGGAAAAGCAGUCGUUUAGCGAGUCCUUCGAUCUUAAAGAGGGUCGAGUCACCGCAGCAGCCUAGUAUUGUCUCCAAGUCGUCAGACUCUCGAGAAAGCGUUUCCAAGAGCGAAGAACAGCAGAGCAGCAGGGAAAGUUCGAUGUCGAAGAGCGAGAGUAGCAGUCAGAAGAGACCGUCGAUACCAAGAUUGGGUCGUAUCGCGACGAAGAACGAAGGCAAGGUUGCGAAGUCAUCAUCGAGUUCAUCAACCAAAUCUGAUGGACUGCGGGAGAGGAGAAGUUCGACGCCUAAGUCUGAUACUAGUUCGCUAUCGAAACUCGACGAAUCCUCUAGGAUAGUUGAAGGACAUUGCCAGGAACAGAGUAAAGAAGUUUCCACUCUUAAAAGCGAUACCAUUUCAUCUGCGAAAGAGUCUUUCCAAAGUAAUUCGUCGCAAAGCCGAUCCACAACACCCCAGUCCCGAAGCGGUUCUGUGAAAAAUCUGCCUCGCCAAAUGACGCGGACCGACUCGUCAGACGGUUCCGCUGUAAAUGUGCCAAUUGGCAGAUCGAAAUCGUCGUCAGCCAGUUCGAUGACGAGUCAGGGUGUAAAAAUAAAGGCGACGCUGCCGCCGUCGUCAGGGAAGUCGUCCACGUCGUGCUCGAGCGUGUCCUCAGUGAAUCUGAGACAGGGCGGUUCGCCGGAUGCUCGUGGCAAACCACCUGUGCCGAAGAGCGACGUCACACAGGGAUCUGCGUCCAAGAGCAUUGUACCCGUCAAGUACGUGAACAAAGACUUCCGCAAGUCGACGUUGAACAUGGAGAACGGCGAUCCAUCGCAGUCCAAGUACAGCAGGAUGAAGAAGAGUCAACGCAGCAUGUCCGUCAGCUCUCAAGAUUCGCAGUCCGAACCGAACUCCGAACCGAAUAUCCAUUGCCCGGCUGUUCCGUCGGAAACGAGCUCGAGUUCCGUGAAAUCGAGUAGAUCCAGACUGAGAAUACCGUCCAGUUCGUCGUCGUCGAAGAGCAUCAGUAGGAAAAAUGAGACGAGCAGUUCAUUGAGACCCGAGAAAUCGAGGAGCAGCUCAAAGUCGCCAUCCGGGAAAAGGAGCAAGCAAGAUGGGACUUCGAGUUCCAGCGGAAAUAGCGAGUCGAAUUCUUCGAAUUCGUCGAGCAGCGAGGAAGAGGAUGAUAAUAAGCAGACAAGACCAGGGUCGAGACGUCGUAAGAGGAGGACGUCGAAGUCUCCUUUCUGCGAGAAGAAAGGGAAGAUAAGCGCCGGAUCGUCGAGAACGAGCGUGCUGGCGUCGUCAGCCGACGAAAUGUCUCUGACGACGGACAAACCACCCAGACCACCGUCUAGCCCAAGAUCAAGGAGCGAUCGUUCGGGGAAAACGGAGGAGGCUAAAUCGUUCCUGAUGAGGGCUCUUGCGCCGGUGACGAAUCUUUUCAAGAAUAAGCAUCAAGAUUCCAGCGAGUCCGGUAAAUCAGGUGGUUGGCUGGAUUCCAACGAAGAGAGCACUGACGCGAAGAAGUCGGAACAGCACGGCACGGCGCCUUUAUCGAAGAGUCUCUCGAAGAGCUUUAGCUUCACGAACUCGGAGAAGAACGACGACAGAAGACAGUCCAGCGUGAGGAUCAGACGAAAUUUUUCCGGGGAACAGCCUUGGUGGAUGGAUCCGAACUCCGAAAACGUCCCCGAAGGUGUCGAAACGGCAAGCGUAUGCAACGACGAUUUCAGUCAAGAAACGACCGUCAGCAGUACUUUACCUGACGAUGGAAAAUUUAAAUACAAAGUGUGGAGACAAGAAUCAGAGGAACGAGCCUGGUGGUUAGACUCGAACGACAGCGGUGCCUCGGAGGAUGCGAGGAAGCAGUCGACGACGAUUUCGAGACAAGAAUCAGGGGAGAAGACCUGGUGGUUAGAUUCCAAUGAUAGUGCUCCGUCGGAGGAAACGAAGAAACAAUCUUCCUCAGCAGGUUCGAGAGAUAGGGGUCGCUGGUUGGACGGAAACGACAGUAUCCUUUCGGAGGAAGGGAAAAAACCGUCACGUUCGACCGUGUGGAGUCAAGAAUCGGGAGAAAGGGCAUGGUGGUUUGAUGCAAACGAUAAUACUCCGUCGGAGGAAUCGAAGAAACAAUCGUCUAUAGCGUCCCCUAUUUCGAAACGAGACUCGAGUCGUUGCAGUACCCGGUCCAGCGAGAGAAGAAAUCGACUGAGGCACCAGCAGUCCGGGGAACAAGCAUGGUGGAUGAGCGACAAUCCUGAAAAUGUACCUGAAGGAGUCGAAGUCAUUCCUGUCGCUGCAACUCCUACGCAGAAUAUUAAUAACUAUAAGGACGAGGUGGACGACAGUCAGACAUACAGUAGAAAUUUAAACAAAGUUAGACACGUCGAGUCCGGUGAGAAACCAUGGUGGAUGGACAGCUCGUCAAACGUUCCUGAGGGCGUCGUUAAGAUUCCCUUGGAAACAUCGAACAGUACCUCCGACUCGUCCGAAUCGUUCGAGAGAAUCGAUAUUGGCGUUAACCCUGAACCUGAGAUAUACGCGAAGAGAAGCCUCUCUAGAUUCCCUAUCGAGUUUCCGCCACCUCCGCCUGACGAGCCGCUUGGGGAUCGCGCCAGUCCCGAAGGGGUGGAGAAUCCUCCGGAUCCACCAGACAAUUAUGGAGGACGCGACUCGCCUUACGACAACGUACAGCCAUCACCACGAAGAUCAUCUCCAAGGAAACGACCCUCUACGUUACCGCUAUUCAUCGGCCAGCACACCAACAUCGACGACCUACUGGGCGACACGACCACCUUGUGUCCAAGCCCUAUCUUGUCUAGGAUCCGUAAACGCGAGCGUAUAGGCGAGGAUUCCGCUGAAGAGAGUUCGGAAUGCGAAGAGAUCGACGCCACCCAAGUGAUCAUCCACGAUAGCACCCCGCAGACGCCGGUGAUACAACGACGACAUCGGGACAACGAGAGACCUCAACCCGACGGCUACAUUCCGCUCGACGAUACGGCGCUGCAGCUCUACAAAGAUGGCGACUACGGCGCCUACUUGGACCUCGAAGCUUCCAUCAGCGAGCAGCAGGAGGAAUUCGAGGGCUUCCAGACCAAGGUUGGAAGGCCAGGUUAGUCGGAAAACCCC